UUCUACAACACUUAGCUAGCAAAAUAUUUUACCAGAACAGUAUCUGCGAACAUUAAACGGCUAUGUGUUUUUAUUUUUCUUACUGGAAUGUCUUCAACAUACAACUGCGUGGGAUAGAGGAAUAGAGACUAAGGAGAGUGCACGGGAAGGGGAAAGAGAGAUAUCGGAGGAUUAUGGCUCUCGUGGCGUUAUCUCUCUGUCUCAUAACGCUCACCUGUACGAACUUCUACCUGGUGUAUGCCAACCGACAUGCAGUCCACUGGAACAGCUCAAAUAUACAUCUUCGCAGAGAGGGCUACAAGGUGCAGGUGAACGUGAACGACUACCUGGACAUCUACUGCCCGCACUACAAUGACAGCCAGCGGGGCGUCGGGGAGCAGUAUGUCCUCUACAUGGUCAGUUACCGGGGAUACCGCACGUGCGACCCCCAGCUGGGCUUCAAGCGGUGGGAGUGCAAUCGACCACACGCCCCGCAUGCGCCAAUCAAGUUCUCUGAGAAGUUCCAGCGAUACAGCGCCUUCUCCCUGGGCUAUGAGUUCCACGUGGGCCAAGAGUACUACUACAUCUCCACGCCCACCCACCACCACGGCCGCAGCUGCCUGAGACUGAGGGUCUACGUGUGCUGCUCCACUGCCUCAGACGCAGAUGACGAGUCCCAGCCGACCCAGGCAGACUACACGCUCAGACCCAACAUUAAAAUCCACGACAUCGACGAGUUUAACCCUGAAAUCCCAAAGCUGGAGAAGAGCAUCAGUGGCAGCAGCCCCUCCCGCGACCGCCUGCUGCUCACCGUGGCAACGCUCUUCCUCGUCGCCCUCUCCGUCUCCUAG